AUGACCUCCCGAACCGCGGUGCGCUCUGUGAGCAGCUUGACACAUGCGGUAGCCAAAGCGUCCAGCACUUCCCCCGCAGUGGCCCGCAGUGGCCUGACGUUGGCUGCUCGUUCCCCCGCCUCGUUCACUAGCCGACGCUCGCUCAGCUCCAAUAGCCGACACCUACAACAGUUCCCCCGCCUUCAGUCCGUCCAGUCUUUCUCUCACAAGAGAGCCUUCAGUUCAACCGUCACAAUGGCUUCCGAAACCCGCACUGAGAGCGAUGCCUUCGGCGAGAUCCAGGUCCCCGCCGACAAGUACUGGGGUGCGCAAACUCAGCGUUCUCUGGGCAAUUUCGACAUCAACCAGCCCCAGGACCGCAUGCCCGAUGCCGUCGUCAAGGCAUUCGGUAUCCUGAAGGGUGCUGCUGCUACUGUCAACAUGAAGUAUGGUCUCGACCCCAAGAUCGGCGAGGCUAUCAAGCAGGCUGCUGCUGAGGUUGCUGAAGGCAAGCUUUUGGACCAUUUCCCUCUUGUCGUCUGGCAGACCGGCUCCGGCACUCAGUCCAACAUGAACUCCAACGAGGUCAUCUCCAACCGCGCCAUUGAAAUUCUCGGCGGCAAGAUGGGCACCAAGAAGCCUGUCCACCCCAACGACCACGUCAACAUGUCUGCUUCCUCCAACGAUUCCUUCCCCACUGCCAUGCACAUCGCCGCUGUUGUGGAACUCGAGAACACUCUCCUCCCUGCCUUGAAGAGCCUCCGUGACGCUCUCCAGAAGAAGGUCGAGAACUUUGAGCGCAUCAUCAAGAUCGGUCGUACCCAUCUGCAGGACGCCACCCCUCUUACGCUUGGCCAGGAGUUCUCUGGCUACGUUGCCCAGCUCGACCGCAACAUUGAGCGCGUCAAUGCUUCUCUGCCUCACUUGCGCUACCUCGCACAGGGUGGUACUGCCGUUGGUACUGGUCUGAACACCUUCAAGGGUUUCGACGAGGCCAUUGCCGUCGAAGUCAGCAAGCUCACCGGCACCGAGUUCAAGACUGCCCCCAACAAGUUCGAGGUUCUCGCUGCCCACGACGCCAUUGUUGAGGCAUCUGGCUCUCUCAACACCCUUGCCAGCUCCCUGUUCAAGAUCGCCCAGGAUAUCCGUUAUCUCGGAUCCGGCCCUCGCUGCGGUCUCGGCGAACUCAUCCUCCCCGAGAACGAGCCCGGUUCCUCCAUCAUGCCUGGCAAGGUCAACCCUACCCAGUGCGAGUCCCUGACCAUGGUCUGCUCCCAGGUUAUGGGUAACCACGUUGCUGCCACCAUCGGCGGCAUGAACGGCCAGUUCGAGCUCAACGUCUUCAAGCCUCUGAUGAUCCGCAACCUGCUCCACAGCGUGCGCAUCCUCGCUGACGGCAUGAAGAGCUUCGAGAAGAACCUCGUCGUUGGCCUUGAGGCUAAUGAGCCCAGAAUCAACGCUCUUCUCCACGAGAGUCUGAUGCUUGUCACCUGCCUGAACCCCGUCAUUGGCUACGACAUGGCUUCCAAGGUCGCCAAGAACGCUCACAAGAAGGGUCUCACCCUGAAGCAGAGUGCUAUGGAGCUCAAGGCCCUUAGCGAGGAGGACUUCGACAAGUACGUCCGUCCUGAGCUGAUGCUGAGCCCUAAGGAGAAGAAAUAG